AUGGCAGAUGGCAUUGAAGCGGCAGGACUGAUUUCUGAGCGAUCAAGAAAACGCAAGAGACUCGGCUCGAUUCCGAAGCUUCUGACAAACCAAAAAGUGGAAGUCAGAAGUAUUGAAGAGGGGUUCGAAGGCUCAUGGCAUUGUGGAACUGUGAUCGAUGCUAAAACUCAGAUUUGUGUGGUCAAAUACGAUCACAUUUUACUUGAUGAUGGUUCGGAUAAAUUUGUUGACUCUAUCCCAGUUACAUCCAUGGUCAAUGGCAAAUUUCCUUCUAAGUUGCGUAAUUAUCGUGGCAGAAUAAGGCCGCUGCCCCCUAAGUUUAACUGUAACGGAAAUUGUCUUCACUACGGACAGUGUGUGGAUGUGUUUCAUCAGGAUGCGUGGUGGGAAGGUGUCAUUUUUGACCAUGAUGACAUGUCUGAUAAACGUUCGGUUUUCUUUCCAGAUGUUGGUGAUGAACUUAGAGUAUCAAUCGAGAACCUAAGGUUUACUCGGGAUUGGAAUGCAGCUUCUGAUGAAUGGAAGCUUCGUGGGGAUUGGAUUUUUCUUGAGGUUCUUGAGGAACUGGAGCUAGAAAAAUGGCCACUUUUCAUAUCUGUGAAACAAAUUUGGUACGAAGCGAGGAUAAAGAAGCGUUUUUUGAAGGAAAUGAAGGAGUGGACGUGUCAAAUGAGGGAAAUUUGGAAAGAAACCGUUAAGGAGGUGAUCAUAGAUAAUUUCAAGUUGACAAUGGCUGAGUUUUUUGGUAGAUUGCAGCAGGGAGGCCACAUCUUGGAUAUAAACAAGCGUUUUCUUGAUUCAAUGGUAGAUAUCGAACCAUCUUUCUUUGAAUCUCUUGCAGCUGAACCUUUUGAUCCAAAUCAUGUAGCUUUGGAAGAGGAGCUUGAUGACAACGAUGACGAUGAUGCUGGUCCCCCUGGAUUUUCGAAUUUAGCGAGUACUAAAUCUGAAAAUGAAGUUCUUAGCAGUCGUUCUGAAGAUAUCUGUUAUCAGUGGACUCAAAUGAGUGAUUUAUGUGUGGCUGAACGUGAUCUAGUUCUUGAACCCGAGUGUUGUCCUGAUUCAAUCUUUCAAUACAAUGAGUACACUAAGGGUCCUUCUAAGCCUCCAGGAUCUUUGAUAGUGAAAGUUAGACAACAUUUGUUGUAUUUAGGGUGGAAAAUUGAGCUCAAACGAGAUCCCUUUGGCUCAAAAAAAUCGGAAAGCAUUAGAUAUCGUUACACUAGCCCUGGCAGAAAGCAUUAUUUUUCACUUACUGUUCUCUGUGCGGAUUUAUGCAACUGUUCAUCGGAAUAUACUUCUUUGGGAUCAUAUAAACCACCACCACGAGAUUUACUGGAGGUUGAACCUGAAUACUGUCCACAGGCCGUGGUUGACUACUAUUCAGUGAUGUUAGAAGGAAAUUCUGAAUUCAAGAAGAAAGAUAUCGGGUUUAGGGAUAUGCAGAGUCGAGCAAGGAAACAUCUUCUUGCCGUUGGAUGGGUAAUGUCGUUUGCUGAUGAGUUGUGUAAACGGUUUGUGUACCUCUCACCAAGCGGAAAAAAGUGUUAUUCUCUUCGGCAAGCAUGCAACCAUUAUAUUUUGGAAAGUUUUGGUCACGGGUCCUAUAACGCUUCUGAGAUAAACGUGAGCGAGCAAAGUGAAGGAGAAAGUCGAAGCGAGCAUGUGAAAAAGGGUAAAAACCAAGGGGUCGGGAAACUCAUAAUCAAGAAAAAGGACGGUGUUUUGUGUAUAGAAGCAGCUCCUUCCUUGUCAUCAACAAAGCGGGCGGUGAAGAAAAAUGGAUCGUUAUUGAACUCAAUAGACGAAGAAAACGGAAAUUCUUCGACAAUAACCCGUGUAUUAAGGUCGAGCAAAAGGGCUCGUGAAGAGAUUUCUCCAAUGCACCAAACCCCACGAACCGUUUUGUCUUGGUUGAUGGAUAAUAAUGUCAUUGUACCGAGAUCAAAAGUGCAAUACCGAUGUCGGAAAGACGGCCAUACGAUGAAAGAAGGUCGAGUAACUCGUGAUGGGAUAAAAUGCAGCUGUUGUCAAACGGUUUUUAGUGUCUCCAAGUUUGAAUCUCAUGCUGGAAGCACUUAUCGACGACCUUCAGCUAACAUAUUUCUUGAAGAUGGAAGGUCUUUACUAGACUGCCAAUUGCAAAUUAAAGGCGAUCAAAAUGCAAGAUUGUGCAUGGCGGAACCUCGUAGAUUAAAGGGUAGUCGGCGUCAAAUAAUAAACGACAAUGAUUACAUAUGCUCCGUUUGUCAUUAUGGCGGGGAAUUAGUUUUGUGUGAUCAAUGUCCAUCCUCAUUUCACACACAUUGCUUAGGACUAAAGGAGGUCCCGGAUGGUGAUUGGUUCUGCCCUUCGUGUUGUUGCCGAAUUUGUAACCAGAACAAAUAUGGUUCUGAUUGUGAACAAACUACAGACAGUAACGUUCUAAGUUGUGAACAGUGUGAAAGAAGAUAUCAUAUCGGAUGCUUAAAAGGGAAAGAAGGUUUCAUGAAGCUGGAGAGUUAUCCUCCCGUAAAUUGGUUCUGUUGUCUGAGAUGUAAAGAGAUAUUUAUGGGCAUAAACAAGCUUUUGGGAAAGCCGAUUCCAGUGGGGAGGGAUGAUUUGACAUGGACUAUUUUGAAACACAAGAAACCCGAAGGCACCAAUCAUGAUAUGGAGGAAUUGACCGAGAGCUAUAGCAAGCUGAAUAUUGCUAUUAGCGUGAUGCACGAAUGUUUUGAGCCAGUUAAAGAACCACGCACCCAGAGAGAUAUAGUUGAAGAUGUUAUUUUUUGUAGAUGGUCGGAGCUUAACCGUUUGAACUUUAAGGGAUUCUAUACCGUUCUUCUCGAGAAAGACGAUGAGCUAGUUUCAGCGGCUACAAUAAGGAUAUAUGGAGAAAAGGUAGCAGAACUCCCGCUCAUUGGUACAAGGUUCCGGUACCGUAGAUGUGGAAUGUGCCAUGCUCUUAUGAACGAGCUUGAAAAGAUGCUCGUGGAAUUAGGAGUGGAGAGAUUAGUUUUGCCUGCCGUCCCGAGUGUGCUACACACUUGGACCUCAUCAUUUGGGUUCUCCCUGAUGACCGAAUCGGAGAAAUUGAACUUUUUGGGCUACACUUUUCUUGAUUUUCAGGGCACUCAAAUGUGCCAAAAACGGUUAGUGAGGGCUCUACCAUCUGCGGAAUCAAGCAUAUCGAGAGGGAAUAAUUUUGCGGCUAUUAAUGGUAGCAAUGCCGCAGAUUUAGAGGGUAUCAGUGCUGUUACUGAAGUAUCUCAAGCAGAAAGAUUUGAGGAGACUGUGAUAGUUAAUCAAUGUUCCUUAGAAACUGCUGGAGGCAACCAGAACAACAACGAUGGCAGUAGCGCGGCUCCUCUAGAAGUCUCGGCGAAGCCACCAACUCAGAUCGAAUGUCAAAGUGAAAUAAGUGUAGAGUGUUCCAUGGAAGCAUCAAACCGGAAGGAAGAGGAAAACAAUGGGAAUAACGGGCAUCUGAAAUGCUACCAACGGAGGAAAAUAGUUGCUUGCGGGAGCUGACUCGUGUUUUGGGUUGGGAAAAAAUCGUAAAUAGCAGCAGGAGCAGCAGCAGCAGCAGCAGAAGGUUUCCGAUUCGACUUUUGGCUUAACAAGAGUAAGUUGGUGAUUAAGGUGUUCUAUUAUUAGAUGUAAAGUAGGAAAGUUUAUUACUAUAGCAGUUUGUGUAAAGUAUGAGCUAGUUCUUCGUAGUAGAUUCUGCCCGUAAAGCCCCGAAUUUUGCUGUAUUUUUUUCUGUUGGAUUUGUUGGUGCUUGCUA